AUGAAAUUAGUAAGAUUUUUGAUGAGGCUAACAAAUGAAGUCGUCACAAUUGAAUUAAAGAGUGGGGCAGUACUCACUGGAACAAUUGUUGGUGUUGAUAACUACAUGAACGUCCAUUUAAAAGUUGUAAAAAUGACACAAAAAGGAAAAAACCCAAUUAACUUAGACCAAUCAACAGUAAGAGGAAACACAAUCAGAAAUAUAAUACUUCCAGAGUCAUUAAAUCUUGACACUUACCUUGUAGAUGAUACACCGAGACUAAAAGUUAAAGCAGCAGUAAAAAGUGCAUUGAAGAAAAAAACAGAAUUAAAACCAAAAAAAUGA